GAAGGAAAAACAUUUUCAAAAAUAAACGAAGCAUAAAGAAAUAGUCGAGAAUAAGUUAUGAAUAAUAAAGUCUAAACAAAACAAAAAAAUUUCGUAAUCGUAUUGAAAUAAAUUAUUUUAUUUGUUUUUUUUUUGGUGAUUCCUUUUAGAAGGAAUAAAACAAGUGAUAAGUGGCCGGUAUUAUUUGCGCGUUGACACAACAGACACAGUAUAAUCAUCAUUAUGAGUUUUAUUUGGGCUGCGUUGUGAAGCCAUAAAAAAUCUUUGCAAAUUUUAUUUGAAUUUAUUAAAAGGAUUGUAAUGCUUAUGCGUUAGAUUAGUCAGUCAUAAGGCGCAAAAUUAUGGAAUACAUGGUGUAACAGCAAAAAAAAAAAAAAAAAAUUAAAUAAAAUCGAGUGUGUUUUUUAACAACAAUAAGAUCACAAAUCAAUGAGCAAGUUUUCGGUGUGAAUGUUGGCAACAGUGGAGUGGUUUGGUGGUUUUGCCUGUAAUAGGGGAUGUCGGGCUGUGAUCAAAGCACUAUCGAAUCGGUGGUUGAAGAUUCAACAGAUUCACCGUUUGAUGCCGAUGAAUGUCUUAAGGUUCGAAAAUAUUGGUGCUUCUUGCUGUCCAGCAUUAUUACAUUUCUUGUUGGAUUGUUCAUUGUGUUACUAUGGCGAGCAUUCGCAUUUGUAUGCUGUCGCAAAGAGCCCGAUUUGGGGCCCAACGAUGCCAAACAGAAAGAGCAAAAGGCGAGAAACAAGCAGGAAUUCGAAGGUACCUUUAUGACAGAAGCUAAAGAUUGGGCUGGGGAACUUAUAUCAGGCCAAACAACAACAGGUCGAAUAUUGGUCGUAUUGGUUUUUAUACUCAGCAUUGCAUCACUUGUUAUAUAUUUCGUUGAUGCGUCUAGCGAAGAAGUCGAAAGAUGUCAAAAAUGGAGUAAUAACAUUACUCAACAAAUCGAUCUCGCGUUCAAUAUAUUUUUUAUGGUUUACUUUUUUAUACGAUUCAUAGCGGCCUCCGAUAAACUUUGGUUUAUGUUAGAAAUGUACAGUUUCGUAGAUUAUUUUACGAUACCCCCGUCCUUUGUAUCAAUAUAUUUAGAUCGGACUUGGAUUGGUCUUCGAUUUCUUCGAGCGCUACGACUUAUGACCGUUCCAGAUAUUUUACAAUAUUUAAACGUUUUGAAGACAUCGAGCUCAAUACGCUUGGCGCAAUUAGUAUCAAUUUUCAUAUCCGUAUGGUUAACGGCGGCUGGAAUUAUACACUUGCUGGAAAACUCUGGCGAUCCGCUGGAUUUUAAUAAUGCUCAUCGUUUAUCCUAUUGGACCUGUGUCUAUUUUCUAAUCGUAACCAUGUCAACGGUAGGAUAUGGCGACGUAUACUGUGAGACUGUUUUAGGAAGAACGUUUCUAGUGUUUUUCUUACUCGUUGGCUUGGCAAUGUUUGCCAGCAGUAUACCGGAAAUAAUUGAACUUGUUGGUAGUGGCAAUAAAUAUGGCGGCGAACUUAAAAGAGAACACGGAAAGAGACAUAUUGUGGUGUGUGGUCAUAUAACAUAUGAGUCUGUAUCUCAUUUCCUCAAAGAUUUUUUGCACGAAGACCGAGAGGAUGUGGACGUUGAAGUUGUAUUUUUACAUCGAAAACCGCCCGAUUUGGAGUUGGAAGGUUUGUUUAAGCGUCACUUUACCACUGUGGAGUUUUUCCAAGGCACUAUUAUGAAUCCCAUAGAUCUGCAAAGGGUUAAGGUUCAUGAAGCUGAUGCCUGCUUGGUGCUCGCCAAUAAAUAUUGCCAGGAUCCGGAUGCCGAAGAUGCUGCCAAUAUAAUGCGAGUUAUUUCUAUAAAAAAUUAUAGCGACGAUAUAAGAGUCAUUAUACAAUUGAUGCAAUAUCACAAUAAGGCUUAUCUGCUGAAUAUACCAUCUUGGGAUUGGAAGCAAGGUGACGACGUCAUUUGUUUGGCUGAAUUAAAAUUAGGAUUCAUCGCACAAAGCUGUUUGGCUCCUGGUUUCUCCACUAUGAUGGCAAAUUUAUUUGCCAUGCGUUCCUUUAAAACCUCUCCCGAUACUCAAGCUUGGCAAAAUGAUUAUCUUCAAGGUACUGGGUGUGAGAUGUACACCGAAACUCUAUCACCUUCAUUUACCGGCAUGACAUUCCCGCAAGCCAGCGAAUUAUGUUUCUCGAAAUUGAAACUCUUACUGCUCGCUAUUGAGAUUAAAGGUAAUGAAGAUGGUGCCGAUAGUAAAAUUUCCAUAAAUCCUAGAGGCGUCAAAAUCCAAGCGAACACACAAGGCUUUUUUAUCGCACAAAGUGCUGAUGAAGUCAAGAGAGCUUGGUUCUAUUGCAAGGCUUGUCAUGAGGAUAUCAAAGAUGAAACCUUGAUCAAAAAGUGCAAAUGCAAGAAUUUGACAGUACAGCCCAGGAAUAAAUUCGAUGAUUUAGAUGUGGGCAUGAUAAUGAUGCAGACCGGAAUGGUGAAUCAAUGCAUAACCUCAGUCAUUAACCAAACCGAGGAUGAUCACCAUCCUGCACCCACAUUUACGCCACCUGAACUCCCGAAAAGGGUGCAUGUGCGUCGAUCAAUAACGGCUGAGAACACGCGAGAUCGUGAAGACAUGAAUUUAUUAAAUCCUCAUAGCCGUCGAACUAAUGGUACAAGUAAUGGAGCGACUGGCUUGCAUAUGAAUGCCGCUGCACCCAAACAGGUCAAUAAAGUCAAACCCACAGUGACACGACAACUCGAUGGGCAAAUGAUGUCCCCUUCGCAAUACAACCGGCCUUCCGAAAAUGAAGCUACUAAUCCUUACGCGGGCUAUCAACUUGCUUACGAAGUUAAAAAGCUCAUGCCGACAAGUCGCAGUACGGGGUCGGGAGCACAAAAUCAAAAUGGUGGCGUAACAUUGCCAGCGGGAAUCGCUGAUGAUCAAUCAAAGGAUUUUGACUUUGAGAAAACAGAAAUGAAAUACGAUUCGACCGGCAUGUUCCACUGGAGUCCAGCUAAAAGUCUUGAAGAUUGCAUACUGGAUCGUAAUCAAGCGGCAAUGACAGUCUUAAAUGGUCAUGUGGUGGUGUGUCUAUUCGCAGAUCCCGACUCACCUCUGAUUGGUCUGCGUAAUUUAGUCAUGCCUCUUCGCGCUUCGAAUUUUCAUUAUCAUGAAUUGAAGCAUGUGGUCAUUGUGGGCUCAGUUGAUUACAUAAGGCGGGAAUGGAAGAUGUUGCAAAACUUGCCGAAAAUAUCGGUGCUGAAUGGUUCUCCGUUAAGUAGAGCUGAUUUAAGAGCCGUAAAUGUUAAUCUAUGCGACAUGUGUUGCAUUUUAUCGGCAAAAGUUCCUAGCAAUGAUGAUCCCACACUGGCCGACAAAGAGGCAAUAUUGGCAUCAUUGAAUAUCAAAGCCAUGACAUUCGACGAUACGAUCGGAGUGUUGAGUCAGAGGGGACCCGAAUUCGACAAUUUAAGCGCAGCCGCCGGCAGCCCAAUUGUAUUGCAACGCCGUGGCUCUGUCUAUGGAGCAAAUGUACCCAUGAUAACAGAACUUGUCAACGAUAGUAACGUGCAGUUUCUUGAUCAGGACGAUGAUGAUGAUCCCGAUACAGAAUUAUAUUUAACGCAACCGUUUGCCUGCGGCACUGCAUUUGCAGUUAGUGUAUUAGAUUCAUUAAUGUCAACGACAUACUUUAAUCAAAACGCGUUGACGCUGAUAAGAUCAUUGAUAACGGGCGGUGCUACACCGGAAUUGGAAUUGAUUUUAGCAGAAGGUGCCGGUUUGCGUGGUGGCUACAGUACACCCGAAAGUUUAAGUAAUAGGGACAGAUGCCGAGUGGGUCAGAUAUCAUUGUAUGAUGGCCCGUUGGCACAAUUUGGCGAAUGCGGUAAAUAUGGAGAUUUAUUUGUGGCGGCUUUGAAAUCCUACGGUAUGUUAUGCAUAGGAUUAUAUAGAUUUCGAGAUACCAGUUCUAGCUGCGAUGCGAGUAGCAAACGUUACGUUAUAACAAACCCACCCGACGAUUUUUCACUACUGCCAACAGAUCAGGUAUUUGUUCUAAUGCAAUUUGAUCCUGGACUGGAGUAUAAGCCACCUGCAGUACGAGCCCCAUCAGGCGGUCGCAGUACUAACACACAAGGCUCCGGGGUCGGUGGAGGCGGAUCUAAUAAAGACGAUAACUCUUGAUUGUUACUGUGUAGCGCCUUAACUGAUGGUCCUUACUCGUACAUUUGAACGAUGGAGAUAGCAUUAAUGUACAAAAUGACACAAUUUAGGCAAUCAAUCAUAAGCAUAAUUUUACAAAUAAUUCGAAAAAUGCUGCAUCGUAUAAAGCAGCCUCCAAAAUAAAUUCCAUUCAUUCCCAUUUAU